CUCCGUCCUCGUCACCCGCCCCCUUUCUCUCUCUCCCUCGCUCCUUCAGUCUCCAGUCUGCUUCUGUUGUCUCGGCGGCUGGUAGGGUCUGGGAGAGAGGAUCUCGCGAGUCUUGGAGUUUUGGUGAGAGUUUGUGGAAGAUGGCGCCUGUUGUGACAGGGAAGUUUGGGGAGCGCCCUCAACCACAGCGCCUGACGAGAGAAGCCAUGCGGAAUUACCUGAAGGAACGAGGAGACCAAACUGUGCUCAUCCUACACGCUAAAGUUGCACAGAAAUCAUACGGCAAUGAAAAAAGGUUUUUCUGUCCUCCCCCUUGUGUGUAUCUGAUGGGCUGUGGAUGGAAGAAGAAGAGGGAGCAGAUGGAGCGCGACGGCUGUUCGGAGCAGGAGUCUCAGCCCUGUGCCUUCAUCGGCAUCGGCAACAGCGACCAGGAGAUGCAGCAGCUAAACUUAGAGGGGAAGAACUAUUGCACAGCCAAAACAUUGUACAUCUCAGACUCAGACAAACGCAAGCACUUCAUGCUGUCGGUGAAGAUGUUCUACGGGAACAGCGCAGACAUCGGCGUCUUCCUCAGCAAGAGGAUCAAGGUCAUCUCCAAACCUUCCAAAAAAAAACAGUCCCUCAAAAAUGCAGACCUCUGUAUAGCAUCAGGAACGAAAGUGGCGUUAUUUAACAGACUUCGCUCACAGACGGUCAGUACACGUUACCUGCAUGUCGAGGGAGGAAACUUUCACGCCAGCUCACAGCAGUGGGGAGCCUUCUACAUCCACCUCUUGGAUGAUGAAGAGUCAGAGGGAGAGGAGUUCACUGUGCGAGACGGCUACAUUCACUAUGGCCAAACUGUCAAACUCGUGUGCUCCGUGACGGGCAUGGCUCUUCCUCGACUGAUCAUUCGGAAGGUGGACAAGCAAACCGCCUUGCUGGAUGCAGAUGACCCCGUCUCCCAGCUGCAUAAGUGUGCCUUUUACCUGAAGGAUACGGAGAGGAUGUACCUGUGCCUUUCUCAAGAGAGGAUCAUCCAAUUUCAAGCUACUCCAUGCCCAAAGGAACCAAAUAAGGAGAUGAUAAAUGAUGGUGCCUCCUGGACAAUCAUCAGCACUGAUAAAGCAGAAUACACCUUCUAUGAGGGCAUGGGCCCUGUACACACCCCCGUCACACCCGUGCCUGUGGUAGAGAGCUUACAGUUAAAUGGUGGAGGAGACGUAGCAAUGCUGGAGCUGACAGGACAGAACUUCACUCCAAAUCUGCGGGUGUGGUUUGGUGAUGUAGAGGCUGAGACCAUGUAUAGGUGUGGCGAGAGCAUGCUGUGCGUCGUCCCAGACAUCUCGGCGUUCCGCGAGGGCUGGCGAUGGGUGCGGCAGCCGGUGCAGGUCCCUGUAACGCUGGUCCGUAACGACGGUAUCAUCUAUUCCACGACGCUCACGUUCACAUACACACCCGAACCCGGUCCCCGUCCGCACUGCAGCGCGGCCGGCGCCAUCCUACGAGCGAGCAACACCGGCUUGCUUUCCACGACCGGGAACAGCGCGGGAGGGAACGGAGAAACGGCGCCCUACGGUGCCAACAGCACAGCUAACGCCGUCACGGCAUCGUCCUCCAAUGCAGCCGCGGCCGUGGUGUUAUAACACACGCAGCGGUGCUCACAAACUCACGACGUGAAACAAAUUCAACAGACUACAAACUGUUUGUAAAAGUGCUGCAUAUUGAAUUUCAACAUAAAAACCCGGAGACGGAAAACAAGGGAUAGAUGGGCGGAAAAGGCUAAACCUGUGGCUGUGAGAAAUGGUUCUCCUGUGCCCUCUUGUGGUUUUCUCUAAGGAGCCGGUCUGGUGCUAGCAAUAGACAAUGCCUGAGAGGAAACACCAGCACCCGGUGUAGAAGACAUGUAGACGAGACCACAGCAAUGAUACAUCAACUGUGUACAAAAAGCAUCGACUGAAAAUUACGUUUAGUUUCUUGCGUUUCUUCCUUCCGGUCUGAUUAGGUGAGAUGUAUCAUAACCUGGGAGGUCUAAACUCUUAGGAAAAGGGUCACAUUGAAAUUGCGAGAUGACAGUUUUUAUGGACCAAGGAUCUUGUAUAAGCUUUAGUAAAGGUACAUUUUUUUUUUUUUUUUCUCCAUACCUUUUUAUAUCAAACAUUAUAGUACGCUUUUGUUACCAAAUAGGUUCUAUUCCUCUGAGCUUCGCCUUUUUGUUCGUUUUCUGUAUAUAGCUACUUUCAUAUACAGCUUGGACUUCUUCGGUUUUGAUACUUUGUGUUUUGUAAUACCGUUUUUGUUUUCCAUUCAGUUUAGUUGUUUUAAAUUUUCAUUUGGGAGAAACUCAGAGGGCCUGUUUUUUUUUUUGUUAUCAUUUUAUGAAGUCUUUAAAAAGAAAAGAGCUUUAAGCAAUGCCUCUGCCUUGCCUGCAUUACAAUAUGCGCUACGCUUCCUUUAAACAUUUCAUCGAUGUGUCUAAAUCUCACAAAAGGAACAAUGCCAUCUUUCUACGUCUUAUUUGCGAAUAUAAACCAGAAAACACAAAAUGUAGAGGCUUUGGAUGCAACGUGUCUCUUCGAUACGGUAGCCAUAGUGUAGUUUCUAGAGCACACGUAGGAUCUCACAUAUCAAUAUCGGAAAGUUCGCCGUAGUUGGAUAUAUGUAAAAGUUCGUUCAAGUUUGACAUGAGUUUAGACUCCUACAGUUUCAGUGCCGUUUUAUAUCAUUUCCUUUCUCAAAUUCAGUUUUUUGUCUUCCUGAUCUUCCAUUAACAUUUUCUGAAAUUUGAAACGGUCUCAAAAAUGGACGAUUUGCAGACGUGCUCUACUAUUAGAUGUGGCCUUACUGGAACAAAGGUUCCCCGUUUAAUUCACCCCUUCAAAAGGAGGUUUACAAACGAGAGGAACCAAGCCUUUUUACAUGCGAUUUUUGAUAAACUCCCUAAACGUUUAAGUUUUCGUUUGGAUUUAGAAGAUUUAAAUGUCUAAUACAUACGAACAUACCCAAAGAUAUUAUAUUGCAUUGUUGUCUCUGUUUUCUGAAUAUUUGAAGCGUAUGUCGGGAUUUGUGGCCUCUCGCACACCAAAAGUAGGAAGCUUUACUCCGUUGGUCAUUGAUGUGUUUAUCGUGGCCUUGGUGUCUCACCAACUAGUAGACUAGUAUUAACGACAAAAACAAACAAACAAAAAAAAAACAACCUAGCUGUAAUGAACUCAUCAACCAGCACUAAUAGUGUUUUGUGACUUUCUUUUUUAUGUACAGUAAUUUAACUUGAAUUUUAUGCGUCCAUUUGUAAAAAAAACGAAAGGAAAAAACAAAAAAACAAAGAAAGAAAAAGAGAAACCAUUCAGCCAUUUUGUUAUUUUUUUCGUGUGUCCGUGGCUCUUAACCCAGUUAUGUCCUUGGUGUUUCUCGUCGAAACGGUUGGGUGUUUAGUGUUCAAGUUUGUCCUUAUCUUAAAUGUUAUUGUCCAGAUAGUAAAAGGACAUCGUGGGACUAGAAACAUGGAAGUUAAUGGCCUUUAAAUGUGUGUCUCAAUGAUGUAAGCAUACAGCAAUACUGUAUAGGUCACUUUUUGUGUCUUGGUCUGUGGAAAUAGCCACUGAUUUUUCACCAGCCUGAUCCACACUCAUGUGGUCAUGAAGAACAGCUGGCUCAACUAGAGUCAUAUUCACUUCUUCUUCAUACUAAUUUAAUCAGACACCUUUUGGUAGAUUUGUAGAUUUGCGUGGAUUCUCCACUGUCUUCCUUACUUGGAAAAUCUGUAGUGUAGUACAAGUAGGUGACCCGUCAAACAAGGCAAUACUCCAGCAUUGUUGGCCUAUAAUGUAGUAUAUUUUGGGAAAAACUGUAACUUGAAUGUUUCUGCAAAAAAAAAGUUCACUUGUUGCCUCCACUAGCUUUUUCUUUUCACCAUCUUCAACUCUUGCUAAAAAUGUCUUUAUUCUGUCCUUGAUGGCCUCUUUGCAAAAAUCUUCCAUGAGGUAGUUUAACCUGUACUACAAUGGCGUUUUAGUGCCAUGUUAAAAAAUAACAAAGUCUACGAGAUUAAAGUCGUAAAAUUUCGAGAAUAAAGUUGAAAUAUUAUGAGAAUAAAGUCAAAAUACUAUGGGA